AUGACGAUGACCGCAAGAGAGAGGAGCACUUUAGCUGCCUCAGCAGAUCAUGAAUGGACCGCCGAAGAAGAGAUUCAAUUGUUUUAUGCCAUGGCCGGCCUGAAACCUGUCGGUGUUAACAAGCAUUUUUACAUAGCCUGUAUUGCCGAACGUGAGUAUUUAGCACACUACCCCUGAAACUUAAAACACCGCUGAAUUGUUUUUGUUUGCAAAGGCUUGAAUCGUGACACCGAAAGCGUUUGGGGCCAUUUACGAACUUUGUACAAUCUUGAGGCCUUAGAUGAAUUGGAACCACUGCCUUUUCCCAAUGAUGAAAAAGAAUUCUCCUUGCCAGAGGCCGAGUUCUCUCUGCUGUUGUCAAAGAAGAGGGGACACGUAUCUGAGGAGACCACCAGCGACGGUCCGCCAUCAAUAAUAGCCGUCGCAACAGACAACACAACUAAAGGUAAGUCUUUAACCAUUUCCGUCAAUGAAAGUAUAAGGCAAAUCCUUAUUGCAGACAAAUCCUUUACCCAAACCAAAUUACCUAGCACCACAACGCCCACAGUCAAGGAAUUGGAUAAGAAAAUUACAGCAAAACUUGCGGAUGGUCCCAAAAGAACUCCAAAACGUACACGAGGAUCAAUGUCACUGGAAUCGAAUAGUCCAUCGACCACACCACCGCCACCCGUGCAAAACAACAAACGACGACGUAUAUAA